CGCCAGCUUUUCAGCCUUGUCAAAUCGUCCCCUACAAACAAACUCACGCGACUCCAAGACGCGACGAACUGCGACGGCGCCAUUGAACCAACAAACUUCCCGGCGACGCAUUAUAGAUCACGGCCCAUAGAACGCGACAGCUUUACUCGCAAAAAAACAAACCGAUCCCCCAGUCUCCCGAGGUAACCCCCAGCACCACUACCAACAGCACCAAAUAGCCGACAACCAAGAUGAGGCUCACAGCGGAGCUCAUCAAGGGCUCGCUGUCCUACCUGAACCCGCUCAAGGAGCGCGAGCUUGAUCUCCGAGGACAUCGAAUCCCGGCGAUUGAGAAUCUGGGUGUUGCAGGCCCCCAUGACUCCAUCGACUUUACCGACAACGAUAUCCAGGUGCUGGGCAACUUCCCGCUGUCGCCGCGCGUGCAGACACUGCUGCUGGCGCACAAUCGAGUGUCGAGCAUACAGCCCGCGCUGCCGAACGCAAUUCCGAAUCUGACACAGCUCGUGCUGGCGUCGAACCAGAUGGCCGAGCUCGCGGACCUGGACAUGCUAGCGGGCUUCAAACGGCUGACGCACCUGGUGUUGGCGGAGAACCCCGUGACCAAGAAGGAGAACUACCGGUACUGGGUCGUCUGGCGGUGUCCCUCAGUUCGGUUCUUGGACUACCAAAAGGUCAAGGAGGCGGAGCGGGAGAAGGCGAGGGAGCUAUUCGGUACGGCACAGGAGCCCACGGCUGAGGCCUCCAAGAUUAUGGGCAUCAAGUCCAAGCAACUCGACCUCGGCGCCUCGAACGGUGCGGUCGGCGGCGGUGGCGGCGGCGCUCCCUCCAAGCUCUCGCGGAUAAAGCUCACGGAUAAGGAGAAGGAGCGGCUGAAGGAAAUGAUCAAGAAGGCCGACAGCCUGCAGGAGAUUAUCCGGCUGGAGAAGAUGCUGACAGAGGGCACUAUCCCGGCGGGCGUCCACCUGGACGGAGACGCCACCAUGGAGGACUGAAGCCAUUUGAGAGACGAUACGCAGUAGAAUGUGAGGGAUGCCACAAAUCACGAUCAGUAGCGGCAGGGCAGAGUCACGGGAGGGUGGCAUGUGUUCAUAUCAUGGACUGGCGUUUUUUUCUGCUCAUUUACGACAAAAGAAAAGGGAUUUGUUGUUUUUGAAAACUUUUUUUAUUAAUGGGAACUC